GCAGAUGUCAUGUGAAAACCCGCAUGCUGGCCUUACCGCACAACUGAAGAGUCCGACCACCGCGCCGCUCGCUCUCGCCCGCUUCACGCGCACCUCUGGAAUGGUUUUGCACAGCCGUCUCCCGUUCUAACGUUGACGAGACGAAACUUCAUCAUCACCGAGGAUCUUGUGUUUUGUUUUACUCUGGUUUAUGUUUGUUCCUUCAUGACUGCGCGUUCGGGAGCGAGUCGCCAUCACUAUGCGAGCCCAAAUUGAAGUCAUACCAUGCAAAAUCUGUGGAGACAAGUCAUCAGGCAUCCACUAUGGAGUCAUCACAUGUGAAGGCUGUAAGGGUUUCUUUAGGCGCAGUCAACAGAACAACGCCUCCUACUCGUGUCCCCGUCAGCGCAACUGCCUGAUUGACAGAACGAACCGCAACCGCUGCCAGCACUGUCGACUGCAAAAGUGCCUGGCUCUGGGCAUGUCCCGGGAUGCUGUUAAGUUCGGCCGCAUGUCUAAGAAGCAGAGGGACUCUCUCUAUGCAGAGGUUCAGAAGCACCAGCAGAGGCUGCAGGAGCAGCGGCAGCAGCAGACGGGUGAUGCGGAGGCCCUCUCCCGUGUUUACUCCUCCAGCCUCACCAACGGCCUCAGCACCCUCAACCACGAGAUCGGAGGCACUUACGCCAAUGGUCACGUCAUAGACAUGCCCAAGGGUCAGCAGAAUGGUGCUCCCGGAGGCUACUACGGCAUGGACUCUACCCAGCCCAGCCCAGAUCAGUCUGGACUGGAUAUGACUGGAAUGAAGCAAAUCAAACAGGAACCCAUAUAUGAUCUAACCCCUGUUCCCAACCUUUUCACCUACGGCUCCUAUCCAGACAGCCAGCUAGCACCUGGAGUGUCCAUGGGGGAAUUAGACCGAAUUGCACAGAACAUCAUAAAGUCCCACCUGGAGACGUGUCAGUACACAGCAGAGGAGCUACAGCAGCUAGCCUGGCAGACGCACUCCUACGAAGAGGUCAAGAUGUACCAAAGCAAGACACGGGACAUGUUGUGGCAGCAGUGUGCUAUACAGAUCACUCAUGCCAUUCAGUAUGUGGUCGAGUUUGCUAAGCGCAUCACUGGCUUUAUGGAGCUUUGCCAGAACGACCAGAUAUUACUACUGAAAUCAGGUUGUCUAGAAGUUGUGCUGGUCAGAAUGUGUCGGGCAUUUAACCCUCUAAACAACAUGGUUCUGUUUGAGGGGAAAUAUGGAGGCAUGCAUAUAUUUAAAGCUCUGGGCUGUGACGAUCUGGUCAGUGCAGUGUUUGACUUUGCUAAGAGUCUGUGUUCACUGCAGCUAACAGAGGAGGAGAUUGCCCUGUUUUCUGCUGCAGUGCUCAUUUCUACAGACCGGCCGUGGUUAAUGGAGCCGAGGAAAGUGCAGAAGCUACAAGAGAAAAUCUACUUUGCCCUGCAGCACAUCAUGCAAAAGAACCAUCUGGACGAGGACGCGCUGGCCAAGUUGAUCAGUCGGAUCCCCACACUGUCAGCUGUGUGCACUCUCCACACAGAGGAGCUCCAGGCCUUCCAGCAGCUCCAUCCAGAGACGGUUAACAUGCUCUUUCCCCCCCUCUAUAAAGAGCUCUUCAAUCCUGAUGCCACUAGCGUAAUGCCCAAAUGACCGCACAAGUUCACACCCAAAUUUGGCAAAAAGAACAGGUCUUACAUUCAAUGAUCAAUGGGCUGUCCCUGGAAGGUGUCAUUGACGCUGUUGAUGAGCAUCGUGUCGCAGCAUUCAAGGCAUUUUGCUGCCACAAAAAACAAACUCUAGGAAUGUCCUGCACUUCAAAAAUCCAACUCAAUUUCACCGGUACAGUCAUAAGAAUGUAUAUAUGCGCCAACAGCAAAAGGCACCUUCAAAUUGACAAGAAAUGUACAGACUUUAGGACAAUUUAAGCUGUCUUUAAAAUUGGGUAAGUUUAUUUGUUUGUUUGACUUCUCUUUUUUUCUUUUUUUCUUUUUUUUUUUUUUUUAUGAAAAAAUGUUAUAUUGAAAUAAGGGUGGGGGAUUGCAUUCAAAAAUGAUAAAUAUGUAGUCAUUUCUCUAGUACAAAAGCGGUAUUCCAGUAUUAAAUCUUGUUCUGUUAAUAUUUUAGUCAUAAUUUAAAAACAACAGUGGCCUGAAAGGCCCAUACCCUGUCUAUGUAAUUUUUCCUAUUUGUUUUGUAGAUGUACUUGUACAGAAUUUGUGAAGUUGAAACUAGUAUAAGGUUAACAGGGGACUAACUUUGUCUGGCCAUGUUUAAAAGCCUUGUCUGGGCUGUAUGUAGAUAUGUAUAAACAGCACCACAACAUUAAUCCAACAACAAAGGAUUGUUGAGGUGGAAAAACUGAUAAUGGACACUUUUCCAUGCGAAAGUAUAGAGAUAUAUAUUUGACAAAAAACUGUAUCUUGUCAGUCAUAGUUGCAAUAACAGAUACUGUAAUGCAUUAACUGCUAAAAAAACAAUCCAGUCAAAUGUGACUUAAUGGGUAGCUAUCAGAACUGCUAAUCUAUAAUCCUGUUUGCUCUAAAUGCCUCAAAAACAGUUCUUACUGCCACACUGCCAAAACUAGUACACUAGCAUAAUGCAGCAACAGUAUAGCCCUCUUUCUGUGGAGACAUACUAGAUACUGUAGCUACUGUAGCAAGCAAUCAGCUCUAUUAGUUACUGCCACAGAUAUUUCAAGUCCACUCAACUCUUUUCUGCUGCUUCGAUAAAAGAUUCUCGUAUGCAAGCAAUAAUGUCAGAAAUGCCCAGAUCAAGGAGGGGCUGUGAUAUUCUUAAUUACAUAGUAAGAGUAACACUCAAAGUACCCAAUGUAUAGUUUAAACACAAAUGAAUACAUCUAAAAAUCCCAUUCUAUUCCAUUGAAACCACGUAAAAUGGAGUUUCAAAUAUGUAAAGUAAUGUGGUAAAGCCAUCAAGUUAGAUUUGGGAUUCCUAGUGAAGUUCCUGUUUACUUGACUUGGACUCCUAGUCAAGAAAUAUUUAAGGAAUGUGUACAGGAUUUCUAUUGGAUUAAAAAAAUACUUUGAACCAAUCCUAAAAGGAUAAAAAAAAAAAAAAAAGAAAAAAAAAAGAAUCCUUUAAGAAACACAUAAGAUUAUUCUGCAUAAACUGAAAUUCCAAUUUAUCAGUUUGUUUAUUCUUUCAUACAUUUUCUUAGCCAUCAAGUUACAUCGGGACAUUAUGAAUAAAAAAAAGGAAUCUGAUUUGGGGUUAGGUGAUUGUUUUGGGAUUUGGUUGGCCAAGAAACCAUUUUAGCAAAGCAGAUGUAUAUAAGGCUGCAUUGACAGUUGUUUUUAAGCAAGCAGAGAGCUGUUUAAAAACUAUAAAGCUUAAUGGUAGUGUAACUGACAAUCAUCUUUGAUUCAUUAUUUAUUUGAAUUUCCAGUGCUCACAUU